CCCUCGUGAUUCUCCCGCGAAUCAAAGACAGUAGUUGCGUCAUACCCGGAGUCGUCUGUCUGUUUGUAUUCGUUUCUUUCAUCAACAACUGGAAUCGAACCAUUCCUUCCUCCAUUUUUGCUUGAACAAACUGCAGAAGAAGUAGAAGAAAGAUGAGCAAAGCGGAGGACAUGAAUUGCAUAUACAAGAACCCUAACGAGCCCAUCGAGUCAAGAAUCAAAGACUUACUCUCUCGAAUGACCUUGAAAGAGAAGAUCGGCCAGAUGACUCAGAUCGAUCGAGGCGUCGCUACUCCUUCCGCCAUUCGAGACCUUUCCAUAGGGAGUAUUCUGAGUGCUGGUGGCGGUGGACCGUUCGAAAAAGCAGUGUCGUCGGAUUGGGCGGACAUGAUCGACGGAUUCCAGAAGGCGGCGCUGGAGUCUCGGCUCGGGAUUCCACUGAUCUACGCGACCGACGCUAUUCAUGGUAACAACAACGUCUAUGGUGCCACUGUGUUUCCUCACAACGUCGGCCUUGGAGCCACCAGGGAUGAGGAAUUGACUCGGAGGAUUGGGGUUGCAACGGCUCUUGAAGUUAGGGCUAGUGGCGCUCAUUAUACUUUUGCUCCCUGUGUGGCUGUAUGUAGAGAUUCCAGAUGGGGAAGAUGUUAUGAGAGUUACAGCGAAGAUACUGAGAUUGUUAGAAAGAUGACUUCUAUUGUUACAGGCUUGCAGGGACAGCUGCCCCAAGGACACACAAAGGGCUACCCUUUUGUAGCUGGAAGAAAGAAUGUCAUUGCAUGUGCCAAGCAUUUCGUUGGAGAUGGGGGUACUGACAAAGGCAUUAAUGAGGGGAAUACAAUAGCAUCGUAUGAUGAGUUGGAGAGAAUCCAUAUGGCACCUUAUCUGGACUGUAUUUCUCAGGGAGUUUGCACUGUCAUGGCAUCAUACUCUAGCUGGAAUGGAAGGAAACUACACUCUGAUCAUUUUCUCCUAACACAAGUUUUGAAGGAAAAGCUGGGAUUUAAGGGCUUAGUCAUUUCUGAUUCCGAAGGACUUGACAGACUUUCCCAUCCUUAUGGAUCUAAUUAUCGAAACUGCGUCUUGUUAGCCAUCAAUGCUGGAAUUGACAUGGUGAUGGUACCUCAUAGGUAUGAAUUAUAUCUAGAGGAUUUGACAUAUCUAGCAGAAUCGGGGGAGAUUCCUAUUUCCAGAAUUGAUGAUGCUGUUGAACGGAUCCUGAGAGUGAAAUUUGUUGCUGGACUUUUUGAAUAUCCUCUGACUGAUAGAUCUUUGCUAGAUACAGUUGGUUGCAAGCUGCAUAGAGAACUAGCACGUGAGGCGGUUCGCAAGUCCGUGGUUUUGUUAAAGAAUGGAAAGGAUCCAAAGAAACCGUUUCUUCCUUUAAACAAGAAUGCUGAAAGAAUCCUCAUUGCUGGAACACAUGCUGAUAAUCUUGGAUAUCAGUGUGGAGGGUGGACAGCUACUUGGAUGGGAGACAGUGGCCGAAUUACUAUUGGCACAACCAUUCUAGACGCUAUUAAAUCAGCAGUGGGAGAAAAAACAGAAUUGGUGUACGAGCAACACCCAUCAGCAGACAUCUUUGCAAGUCAAGAUUUCUCUUUUGCUAUUGUAGCUGUGGGUGAAGGUCCAUACGCUGAACAUGCUGGUGACAAUUCAGAUCUUAUAAUCCCUUUUAAUGGAGCCGAACUGAUUAGCUCAGUUGCUGACAGAGUUCCCACAUUGGUGAUUCUGAUCUCUGGAAGGCCCUUGGUUUUAGAGCCAUGGCUCUUGGAAAAGGUAGAUGCUAUCAUGGCUGCUUGGUUGCCUGGCAGUGAAGGAGAGGGAAUAGCAGAUGUUAUCUUUGGAGAUCACCAGUUCCAAGGACAACUUCCUAUGACCUGGUUUAAAAGGGUUGAACAAUUGCCAAUUCAUUCCGGGGAGAACUCAUAUGACCCUUUGUUUCGCUUUGGCUUUGGGUUAACGACCAAUGACAAGAAGAUUUCAAACUGAUCAGUCUUGAUGGGCCGGCAAGUACCAAAAUUUCCCAGUUGGAUGGAUUUUGGGGUUGUUCAUGAGAUUCUGGGAAAGGUUAAUCAUUCUGGCAAUAAUCAGUUGCAUAUGCAUGCGACUUGGCCUGGCUUGAGGCCCUUUUGAUAGAUAUGAUGUUUUAUGGCCAUAGUAUUAUGUCCUUUCUGAUUUGAAGAGAUGCCUUGGAUUUAUCAAAAUUAUAGUGUAUAAUAUACUGUAAUUGCUUGAGGGCAUCAAUCUUGAAGGUUUGAAUUAUGUUAGAUGGCAUGGAGAUAUAGAGUGCAUCUUUUCGUUUCCCUCCUUGUAUUCUCCACCUUGUAUUCUUUUCUUCCAUAGGUUUUGAGCAGCUCCAAUGGGGCUGCCAUUAUAUUCCCUAGAACGUGGAUCGUUUCGGUACACGGAAUGGAAAUGUAAUACGUCACAUGUUUUAAAAUGUGGUACAAUAGGAGUAGACUUGUAUAUAUCACACUUAAGAAUUUAAGGUACUUUUAGAAUAA